ACACCACAUCCUUGGUAGUUAUUCACGGAGGGAGGUCCACUUGUGCUUCAGCUCUUUCCACUUCUCUCUCCUCUCUCUCUGGUCUGUGUUAGAUCUGCAUUUGCUGAGUGAAAGAUGUUCAUUGAGAGCUUUAAAGUUGACAGUCCCAAUGUUAAGUACACGGAGAAUGAGAUUCACUCUGUGUACGACUAUGAGACCACAGAGCUUGUUCAUGAGAACAGAAAUGGUACUUACCAGUGGAUUGUCAAGCCCAAGACUGUCAAAUACGAGUUCAAAACUGAUACCCAUGUCCCCAAGCUAGGGGUUAUGCUUGUUGGGUGGGGAGGGAACAACGGCUCUACACUGACUGGUGGUGUUAUUGCAAAUCGAGAAGGAAUCUCUUGGGCAACCAAAGACAAGGUGCAACAAGCCAACUAUUUUGGUUCACUCACCCAGGCCUCUACAAUCCGAGUUGGGUCCUUCAACGGAGAGGAAAUCUAUGCCCCAUUCAAGAGCUUGCUCCCCAUGGUGCACCCAGAUGACAUUGUGUUUGGGGGUUGGGACAUAAGCAACAUGAACUUGGCAGAUGCCAUGGCCAGGGCUAGGGUAUUUGAUAUUGAUCUGCAGAAGCAGCUGAGGCCCUACAUGGAAUCCAUGGUCCCACUCCCUGGAAUCUAUGACCCUGAUUUCAUUGCAGCCAACCAAGGGUCACGUGCCAACAACUUGAUCAAAGGAACCAAGAAAGAGCAAGUCCAACAAGUCAUUAAAGAUAUUAGGGAGUUUAAGGAGGCAAAUAAGGUAGAUAAGGUAGUGGUUCUGUGGACUGCUAACACAGAGAGAUACAGUGAUGUAAUUGUUGGACUAAACGACACUGUGGAGAACCUCUUGGGUUCUUUGGAGAAGAACGAAGCUGAGAUCUCUCCUUCCACCUUGUAUGCCAUAGCUUGUGUUCUUGAAAACGUGCCUUUUAUCAAUGGAAGCCCACAGAACACUUUUGUUCCAGGGCUGAUUGAUUUGGCCAUAAAGGGAAACAGUUUGAUUGGCGGAGAUGACUUUAAGAGUGGUCAGACCAAAAUGAAAUCUGUGCUUGUUGAUUUUCUUGUGGGGGCUGGUAUCAAGCCAACAUCGAUUGUGAGCUACAACCAUCUUGGAAACAAUGACGGAAUGAAUCUAUCUGCUCCACAAACCUUCCGGUCCAAGGAGAUCUCUAAAAGCAAUGUGGUGGACGACAUGGUCUCCAGCAAUGGCAUCCUCUAUGAGCCUGGCGAGCACCCUGAUCAUGUGGUUGUUAUCAAGUAUGUGCCAUAUGUGGCUGAUAGCAAGAGGGCUAUGGAUGAGUACACAUCAGAGAUAUUCAUGGGUGGUAAAAACACCAUAGUUUUGCACAACACGUGCGAGGACUCUCUUUUAGCUGCUCCAAUCAUCUUGGACUUGGUUCUCCUUGCUGAACUCAGCACUCGCAUUCAACUUAAAUCUGAGCAAGAGGGUAAAUUCCACUCUUUUCAUCCUGUGGCUACAAUCCUCAGCUACCUCACUAAGGCCCCUCUGGUACCACCAGGUACCCCGGUGGUGAAUGCGCUAUCAAAGCAGCGGGCAAUGCUCGAGAACAUAUUGAGGGCUUGUGUUGGAUUGGCUCCGGAGAACAACAUGAUUUUGGAAUACAAGUAAAGAAUCAUAUCAAGACUCUUAUGGAAGAUUGGUUCCACCAAAUAUGGGGGGGACCCUUUCUACUUCCCUUUUUCAUCUGGUAUAAACGUAUGUGCUGAUGUGUUUGAAAAUUUAAUAUCUGUGGGGAAUUGACUUAGUGUGAGGCUUGUUUCUUGUAUCAGUUGUGUAUUUUGUUUGGUUGUUUUGAAGGAUUAAAGCCAUUGUGGUUUUUUCCUUUUGAUUUGUAAAGCUUUGCUUCUUGUAAUUCUGUUGGUUAGAAAUUAAUAAAUUUUAUGUGGUUGUGAAAAAAAAAAAAAAAAGACUUUGUAAGUCUAUUGUUGCUGUAAUGCCUUUGUUUUUUCAUUUUCUUUGGUUUCUUGGUUAGUGAUUACCACUGUAUUCCGGUUGCUUUGGCUCAGUUAGAGCAAGCAGCCUUUUUUAUGUAAAAGAUAGAUAUAUAUCAUAAAAGAGUGGU